AUGAAUAAUUACAACUAUUUAUUUUUAAUAUUAUUUGUACUUUUUAUAAAAGGUUCCCAAGCAGUGAUAAAUCCAGCUGUUGGUGUUGUUGAAGGUUAUUACUGGACUCAAGCGGAUGCAGUAAAUGGACAAUACGGUUCUUAUUCUUUCUCUGACAGACAAAAACUCAUUCAAAUGAUGGCAGCUAAUAAUUUGGGCGUUUAUUGGUUUUCACCUCAAACAGUUGAUGUCAAUGCAUUAUGGAAUACUCAACAAUUAAAUGAAUGGACUACCAUUGUUGCAUUGGGAGCAAGUUUGAAUGUUAAAAUCGUUUAUGGAAUUAGACCAGGUUGGUUAGAUACUGCAGUUUUUCCAACUAUUUUAGCAAGAUUACAACAAAUUGCCUCUUCUGGAAUUACUUAUUAUACUGUUAAUUUUGAUGAUGCUGAAGGAGUUGAUACUACAUCUCAACAACAAAAAGAAGUUCAAUUAAUUAAUUAUCUUCAAACCAAUUUACCAAGUAUGACAUUAUAUUCAGUUUUACCAUUUGCUUAUUAUCAAGAUAUGUUUACAACUAGAACCAAAUGGCAAAAUGCAUUAGCAACAAUUAAUGGAGUUUCAUCAACUAUUCCAUUUGUUUUCACAGGAAAAGAGAUUGCACCAUCAACAAUGCAAACAUCACAAUUCCCAACACUUUCACCAUCAAGACCAUAUAAAUUCUUUGAUAAUUGGAUUGCUGGUGAUACAAAAGAUAGAAUUUCUUGGGGUAUGAUUGAUGGUAGAGUUGAUUCAGUAAUUUUCACCUCUCAAUAUGGUUACUUUUUAAAUUUAGCAUUCCCAUUAGAAAGAGUUCCACACCAUAUCUACUGUUUGGGUCUUUUAGCAACCGGUUCAACAACAUGUAGUGUCUCUGCAUCUGCUACCUAUUGGGCAAAUUAUUUAAAUUCAAAUGGUUUCAUUCAUAAUGGUAAAACUGUUUCACAAGUUGCUACUUCCUUAACAAAUGCAAUUAAUCAAGAUAAUUAUUAUGAUACAAUUGCUGAUAUGGAAGCUGCUUUUCCAAAUUUAUCAACAAUCUUUUCAACUCCACCAGUAUAA